AUGGAAUUAAGAGUCUCAGGAAAUGAUUCGUUUGUGACUCAGUUUGUCCUGCUGGGCCUAACAGAUUCUCCAGCCCUCCAGCCCAUGCUCUUUGUCAUCUUCCUUCUUGCUUAUGUAGCUACUAUUGGUGGCAAUUUCAGCAUCCUUGCUGCCAUCCUUAUGGAGCCCAAACUGCACACCCCCAUGUACUUCUUCCUGGGGAACUUGUCCCUGCUGGAUGUUGGGUGCAUCACUGUCACUGUCCCUACCAUGUUGAGGCAAUUCCUAUCCAAUGACAGAAGCAUCCCCUACGGGGCCUGCCUCUCACAGAUCUUCUUCUUCCAUCUCUUGUGUGGGGCAGACUGCUUCCUGCUGACUGUCAUGGCUUAUGACCGCUACCUGGCCAUCUGCCAGCCCCUCACCUACAGCACCCACAUGGGCCUGGGAAUCCAGAAAGCUUCAGUGGGCAUGUCAUGUGUCUUUUCCUUCACCCAUUCACUGACUCAAACUGUUGCCUUGUCCACCCUGAAGUUCUGUGGCCCCAAUGUCAUUAAUCACUUUUACUGUGACCUCCCUCAGCUCUUCCAGCUCUCCUGCUCCAGCAUCCAACUGAAUGAACAGUUGCUCUUUUUGCUCUUUGUAGCAGCAGCCUUCAUGGGUGUGGCCCCAUUGGUCCUCAUCACUGUGUCCUACACCCAUGUGGUAGCUGCAGUCUUGAGAAUCCGCUCUGCUGAAGGAAGGAAGAAGGCCUUCUCCACAUGCAGCUCCCACCUUACUGUAGUGAGCAUCUUCUAUGGGACUGGCAUCUUCAACUAUAUGAGGCUGGGUUCAGUGGAGACCUCGGAUAAAGACAAGGGCAUUGGCAUCUUCAACACUGUCAUCAGCCCCAUGCUGAACCCACUCAUCUAUAGCCUGAGGAACCCUGAUGUACAUGGUGCCUUGAGGAGGGUACUCACAGGAAAGUAG